CAUUGCUCAUAGAGAUGCCUUACAAAACAUGCGUAUUAGCGAAGACAAGGAAUUUUUGAUUCUACAAAGGCAAAAAGGUCGCCCUGGUAGCAUGGCCGGUGUUGACAUGGUAUUGUAUCGGCGACAAAACAGAGCAGAUCACCGCAUUGAGAAAGAAAUGUCUAGAAAAAGGAAACAUCAACAAAUGUCGGAAGUGAAUCUCGAACUCGAAGACGAUUUUGGUAUGGACUAUGAAGAAGAUAUUGGUGACAGUGAGCCUGAAGUAGCGGAAACCAAUGUGAAAAAAAAUACAAAACAAACUGCUUCAACUUGUAUUAACAGGGGAAGAAAACAUUUUAUCACACCGCGAUUGCUUUCAGCACUUGAUAGCGCCAAAGUAAGCGAUGGAAAGGCGAUGCACAUUCUGAUGGCGACUGCAGAAGCAUUGGGCCAUUGCACUAGCGACUUGGUAGUCAAUCGUUCUACUCUACAUAGACUGAGGGAAGAGCAUCGCAGAAAAGAAACACAGAGGAUUCAAGAGAGUUUUAUUGACAAACUAAGUGAUACACAAGCAAUGGUCGUCCACUGGGAUGGUAAAGUAUUGCCAGAUCUAAUUGGAAAAAUAAAAGUUGAGCGAAUUGCAGUGCUUGUUAGUUAUAAUGGCGAAUCCAAAUUUCUAGGCGCUCCAAAACUUAUAUCUGCCACUGGUGAAAAUAUAGCUACAGCCGUUUUUGAUACACUUAGUAAAUGGAAUAUUUUAGAUCGCGUAGAAGGCAUGUCUUUUGACACCACGUCCACUAAUACUGGUCCAACGAAUGGAGCAUGCGCUCAAUUGCAACGCAUGUUAGGAAGAAAUUUGUUGACGUUACCAUGCCGUCACCACAUUCUAGAAAUAUACUUACGUAGUGUAUUUGACCUGCAUUUCAAAGUGACUCAAGCACCCGAAGUCUCAAUUUUCGAGAGAUUUGCCAAAGCCUGGCCAAAUAUUGACACUUCAUCAUUUAAGAGUGGGCUCGACUGUGAAGAUAUAAAAUCUCAUAUAAGUGAUGGCAUCUGCAAUGACAUCAAACAAUUUUGUCAUUCACAAUUACAAAAAACUUUUGUUCGUGCUGACUACGAAGAAUUUUUACGUCUAGUACUUACAUGCACGUUGGAUGUCAAAGGGGAUAUAUUCCUUGAAAAUAUUUCUUUUUCGUGAUCAAUUUCACUUGAGUAAAGCUGAAUUAAAAGGUUUAAGUCACAUUUGCGUUUUUUUAGUACGUUUAUAUAUAAAAGCUUGGUACAAAUGCUCUAAUGCAAUUACCUCUCCCCUGCAUGAUUUAAACUUUGUAAAAGAAUGUAUUAAUUAUGAAAAAGUGAACCCAAGUAUUUCUUCGGAAUUGCUGAGAAAAAUGCAACAACACAUGUGGUAUUUGUCAGAGGAAAACGUCGCAAUGGCUUUCUUUGAUUUCAAUGUUUCUGUAGAUGUUAAGAAAAAAAUGGUAAAAAAUUUAAAAUCAGAAGAGCCAACUAUUAAACUACAAAACAAUCGCAAAAUAAAAAAAUUAAGUGACUUAGGCAAUUCGGAUUUAAGCGAAUUUGUAUCCAAAAGAACUUUAACAUUUUUUAUGAAGUACAAGUUGUCAACCAACUUUUUGUAUUUGGAUCCAGAGUCUUGGGAAACAAACGAGGAAUUCCAAAAUGGUCGCACAAUAUGCCACAAAUUGCUUGUUACUAAUGAUACAGCGGAAAGAGGUAUUAAAUUUAUAAAGGAUUUCAAUACUAUUCUUACAAAUAAAGAAGAAGAAAAACAGUUCCUCCUUCAAGUUGUUGAAGAAUACAAAAAAAAUAUAAGUCCUAUAAAAAAUCGGAAUUAAUUUAAGUUUUAAUAUUUCUAGAUGUAUUAAAUAAAUUGAUAUGAAUAAAAAUAUUUCCUUUAAGUAGUAGUUUUAAGUUAAUAUAAUGCA